AUGAUACAGAAUCGUUACUUUCCUACAACUAACCUUGCCAGCCUGACCAAUUCUGUGCUCACCAUGCCCACUUAUGAAACUAACAGUUCAGGGCAAUUAGAGUAUGUGGUUCGAGUAGAUGUCAAAGGCUUUCCUUCAAAUUCCGUCCGCGUCAGUGUAAAGGAUCAUGUAGUCAGGGUUGAAGCCUGCACCGAAGAGAAGAAUUAUGAUGGCUCUACAGCACUGCAUGAAUUCAAACGAGAAAUUCACUUACCAGCGAACGUGGACACAAGCACUUUGCAAUCUGUUUAUAAUUCUGAUGGAACCCUUGUUUUGAAAGCAGCAGCAAAAGUGCCUCCGAACGCCAGUUUCACAAAUUUGACCUCCAAUUUCACUACAAACCUUACAUCUGAUGGCCUACAGGGACGGCCCCUACGUUCAAGUCUAUCAACCAGCAUAUCAACUACUUCAUCAUUAGGACGUUACCCCUCCCAGCCAUCAGGUAUAAAUAGAACAGGGUCAAGUCCAGCUAAUACGAACGGGUAUUUGGAGAAUGGGGAUAAAAUUAUCUUUGCUCGUUCACCAUCUACCAGUAACCUAAAUAAGGAUGUUAUUACUUCUGAACCUAGACGAAUGAGAAUUGAGUAUGACUUGGACACCAAUCUUCAGUGUGGAGAUAGGGACAUUUACUUCUAA